UGACUGGGUCACUACCGUUUUCAAAUUUCACUGUCAGCAAUAGUCAUUGUAGAGAAACGAUUUCGUCAGUAGCGCUCAAGUUCGCUUGCAAUACGCUGGCUAGCAGCGCCCAUUUUCUGCUGCGUCCCUUCGUCUAGGGUAGUAACGUCUUCGUUGUUUCUUCAUCUCCCCCAUCGCGCGGCUGUGCGGUGGAACAUCGAGAAGUGCUAUUUAUAAUCUGGAAUUUGCUGCGCGACGGUGAAGAUGUCUGCGCUCCCAGAGCACCGGUUCAUACCGGGUCUGAACGAGGCCAACCAACGAUUGCAGUCGCAGGUGCACUCUCUGGAGCGGGAUGUUGCACGUGUUGACACAGAUCAGGGCCGAGUGGUCGAGCGUAUCGGUGUCAUGGGCGAUCACCUGAAGAACGUCACACAAGAACUGCAGCACACACGGUCACUCUGCGAUGCACGAAAACGUGAGCUGGAAACAGACGAGCACAUGAAAAUCAUAGCUGAGCAAGAGAAUGCGCGCCUGGAAAAGGAGAUGAGGCGCCUGCAGGAUGAGAUGAAUGACUUGAAAGGCCGUGCCGAGAAAUACGAGCGAGACUUCCUGAAGGAGAAGAGUCGCUCCGAUCAACUGCAUAGUGAUAUGGUGCUGAAAGAUUCGAGUCAAAAGGCGUAUCUAGAUCAGGCAAAACUGCGUGAUGCUGAUGCCCAGCUGUUGCAGAAAUAUGCUGCUGCUGAUAAUGCACGAACGAAGGAGAUGCAGCUAAGAAUGGAGAGGGCCGAGGAAGCAUGCGUGCAGAAACGCCAGGAGCUGGAAAAGGAGAAUACGGAAAAUCUGACAACACAGAUUGCCCUGGACAAGACUGCAGAACAGUUCCGAGCGGCGCAGGUAGAAAGAGAAGAAAUGCUGAAGCAGUGGGAGGCCACCGUGCAGCAGAUGAAACGGCGCGAUGAUCAGAUAGACUCCGUAUCACUGCAAGUGGCCAACAAAAAAUUUGAUGUCAGCGAGAAGGAAGAGGGCCUGAAGGAAAAGCGGUGGUUCCUAGAGCAAGAACUGGAGAACAACCGCGAGGAGGAGCGGCAAGUGCAAUGGCAUGAGAAGACGGUCGCUAGAACACGCGUCGAUUUGCAACACGCCGACACUUCUCGAAUGCAGAUAGCAGAUGAGCUGGAGACACUGAAGUUCACAGUUGACAAGGUUGCUUCUGAUGAAAGAUCGACUCGUGCUGAAGUGGCACGCCUCAAGCAGAACCUAGCAGAGAAGAAGAAAAGGCUGGCAGUCAUACAAGCUCAGUGCGAUGCGAAUAGAGAGCAGCUUGCGAUCAGCACAGGCAGAACGUUAGAUUCGGAGAACACCGCCCAGACCAUGGAGAUGAUGAUAGCGGAAAAGGAAGAGUCGCUACGGCAACUACAGAAGGAACUGGACAAGCAGCAUGGAGUGAAGUUCAAGCGAUCCCAGGAGCUGUUCGAGCUGCGAGGACGACGAGAAAACAUCAAAGCAGAGUUGCAGGGUUCAAAGUUUGCAUUCCGCAAUCUGGGCAGUACACUGCGCAAGGUGGACGAGGAGACUCGUAAGCAAGCGGAACUUAUCUAUACACAGGAGUACACUAUUCAGCAACUGGAAGGUCGCACGGCACGUCUGGAAGGUGAUCGUACGAAUGAUGAAAAAGUCCAGCUGAACAAGCAGAUUGAGGAACUGAAGGCACGCUGGGAGGAUCAGAAGAUUGUUCAGACCGUCUUGACCGGCCAGCUAAAGAAGAUCAAUGAUGACAUUCGCCGCUUGACAACUUACUUGGAGAAGUACAGCAGCGAGAAGCAGGACCUGCAGGGAAAGAUUCAAGAGAUCGAACUGCACAAUGACAACGCGGAGCGUGAACUCAAGAAAAUGGUGAACAACAAGCAGGAGCAACAAGUGGAGCGCAAUAUACUCAAGUUGUCUCUGAAAAAUCGAAGGAAAGCCAUGAAUGCCCGGGUUGGCGAGGUGUUGAGCCUGGAAUCUCGGCAGCUGGAGCUGCAAACGGCGAUGACUGAGCGAAAGAUGAACAUCAAGGCUCACAAGGAGCUGCUCGACACCAAACUCAGAUCGGUCCACGGGGAGAAGAGCAAGCUAACGGUGGAACUUCAUGAGCGAGAGGCUCGCAUGGAUCGACUGAAGAAGAGGUAUGAGAUCCGGAUGAGGCAGAUGUCUGGCCCCAGCGGUGAAGAGGCUGAGUCUCAUGUGACACUUCUUAUCAAGAAAGCUCAAGAAAAGGAAGAGCUCCAACGUGCCGGUGACAUCCUAGAUGCCAAACUACGCAAAGGUCAGAAGGAGAUCAUUGCAAUGGAGAAUACUCUGACGUUGCUCGGUCAAAGUAACCAGGCGUACCGCAAGAGCUUGAAUCCAUUCCAGGCAGGCGACAAAGAAGCUCAAGAGCUCGAACGCCUCCAAGCCCAGCUAGAUUCUGCUGCAGAGAAAUUCAAGCUGAAGAAACGGCAGCUGCAGGAGAUCUCAGAGGAUGCCGAGAAAACUAGACAGCAGGCUGAUGAACUGGUGAAGCGUGAAGCCAUGCUCAUAGAACAAGUCGGCUCUCUGAAGAGUGAGUCCACGUAUGCCAAAAGAGAGAAGGACGACCAGGCGGACAGGAAGGACCGAGCAGAAAGAAUGGUUGCAAAAGCGAAAAAGGACCUCAGGCAGAAGAACAAGGAGAACUUCGCUGAAAUUGAGAAAGAUAUCACGGCGCGUGAGGUCCGUGACUUCAACUUGACGAUAAUGGAGACCCUUGGAAAGAUUGCAAAGGAGCAACCAGACACAGCGGACACCAUCUUUCUGCUAUGCUCUCAGAUGGAUCUACCUGCUCCACCAGCACCUGUUGCCAGUGGCAGUUCUAGGAGCAGUUCUCUGGCUGGCAGCAGGCAAAGCAGCGUAGGCUCAGACAGGUCAUCUCGUGUUUCAUCGCUAGCCAGUUCGCGCAGUGGCAGCACGGGAAGUGUCGCCUCAAGCGGCCGCGUUACACAGAUAUCGUUCAAUGGCGACAGCAAGUCCGCAUCUCGCAGCGCGGGGCAAGCAUCAUCCGGUUCCCUGCGACGGCUGUCGUCUUCCUCUCGGGCAUCGUCUUCCACACCUGUGUCUUCAGCUAGAGGCAGUCAAAGGCACCUGUAAGGGCUAUCUGUUUGGGCAGCUGAGGCUCUUUCCCCUUCCUGCUAAGCCGAUCAACACACAGCACUAUCAUGCCGGAUGGAAUAAUGCCAUUUGUCUGAGGCAAGCUCACGCCCUGUUGAGAAGGAGCAAUGUAUGUACAUGCUAUCCUCGUCCCCAGAACACCACCAAGACCUUUAUGCCGUAUACAUGUACAUCUGCCGAGGUCCGUCAAUGCUUCCGAAACUUGAUUGUGUGAGUCGGACACUAGAUUCUGUGGCUCUGGUGCUGGGAUAUUUGAGAUUUUGCCAUCGCUGGUAAGUAACAUGAACAGCAGCAGUGGUGGCAUGGAGUUCAUCACAAAGCCAUGGUGUGCAAGACUGAGUGUUGCACGCUCACACCAGUACAGGAUAUGCUAUCCGCAAAACAAUGCCGGCAGCAAUGCAUGCAUGACUGAAUAUGCCACCAUUACAUUCAUGGUCUCUUUGCAGUUCUCUAUCAGCAUGCACGCUCACAGUUAUUGAUUCAGCUGCUGGUGGUCAUCCUCGGAACAGUCCUGCUAUCCCAGUCCACUGCUCUGUUCAUUCUAUUCCGAUUAUUUGAAGCAUCAACAUGAUCGAUGCCUAGCUUGUGGCAUGCACAAUCGUGACAAAUGUCCAUAGCAUGUGUGCAUGGCUAUACUUGAAAAUGACUAAUUGAUUUUGUCGUCAAUGGCUUCUACUUUCAUGAUGUAACACAUUUUAUGAACGCCAAAUUGCAUGCAUUAUCAUGCCAAAGAUC